AUGUCGCCGUUUCCUGUUACCUGUCUAGCUGUGACAACUGUGUUGCUGCUAACCCUUACAACAUUUCUGGUUGUUACCUCAGAUCAGGAGGCUUAUUACAAAUCUUUGGGUCCAGGUUAUACCUAUGCUUACCUUCAGACAUCUCCAACAGAACAAUUCUUCUCAACACGAAAUCUACUCGACUGUACCGCGCUGUCUCUCAGGAGCCAAUCGCAAUUUUUCACUUACAACAAAGUCAGCCAUGUUUGUAAGAAUUACGCACCGAAUAAUUUUAUGACAGUCGUCAGCACGAAUGACAACAACGAGAUUUCCUUCAUUAAAAAUAGCCAAUGGAUAAAAGUAUAUGCCCUAUCAAUGGGAGCUGGUUCGAACGUCUAUAAUUCAUUUAUGAAUAUAGGAAGUCCUUCAACCUGGGAAGUAGAGAAAUGCGUCGGUACCUUUUGUCCUAACUUCUUCCGACAUCCUAUUCUCGAUUUCUGGAACUCUCUUGCCAUUGAUGAGGUCAAACUCGUGAUAUAUAAAAAUGAAACAGCUGUGGUGACUAUGAUAUUUGAUGGACGAAAUACAACCCUUGAAAGCUGGUUCUCUCAGGAAAACUUGAAAAGUUCUCCAUGGAAUGACUUAGCUUCCGGCAAUCCCGACACUUUCUCACUUCCGGGAUAUAAGAGUAAGCGCCGCUUCUACAUAACACAUCACUCUGGUUGUGCAGGAGACAAUGGCUGGUUGACCGUCAAUGAGGGCCCACUGUAUUGUCCGUUUGAUACCUCAAACCACUACCCUUUUAUCCGUUAUUCAGACAGCAAAUUUAAAGUCAUAUGGAGCAAGGGAUAUGGAAUAGGGGAUUCUAUGGCCAUCUUCAUCCGCUUAAGAUCCUGACUCACCAAUCAAAAUAUCCCUUGCAACUGACGUCAACCAGUACAAGGUAUUCACCACUUCUUACCAUGGG